UCUAUUCUUAAUUUUGCUCCUUUACCCUUACCACUUUUGGAAUAGACCCUCUAGUCAUAGACGGACAAGUGGCGACAGAUGAUCGGGUGGGACCCUAAUGCCCGGUGAUUCGGGGAUUUUCAAAGCUCGGCAACGUGACCAUCAAUCAGAUAGAUGUUCUUUCCCGGUAUUUCGGACUUUGUAACUUCCCGUUCCAUUGAACCUUGUCAGUUCAUUCCAAUCCAAGCCAUGAGCGGCCAAAAGUCGCCGAAGCGCAUAUCGUGCACCCGCUGCCAGUCCAAAAAGAUUCGAUGUAACAAAGUCCAACCUCGAUGUGAUAAAUGUGAGGCCAGCAAUGAAGAAUGUGUGUAUGUGCCUCGGAAACCUCGGGUAAAGAAGCAAAUCGGUGCCUCGGAGAAAGACAUCUUGCUGGAUAUUCUCAAGCGAUUGGAGAGACUCGAGGACCACUGUGACAUUAAUCGAGGUACUAGGGACCAUGGUGACGCAUCCCGCUCAAUGUCUGUCUUGUCCUCAGACGCAGACGUCAAUGGAACUCAAUCAACAACCAGCGGUGUGCUUCACAGUAGCCAAUCUCAAACCCCUAAGUCACCGGCCAUGGUAAAUAGCAUGUUGAAUGGCAUCAAAGAUGCUCAAGCCAAAUCACUGCUUUCUUCCAAUGUGUUUUGCCAUCUGCGAAACGUUGAAUCUCGUCUUUUGGAGAAUGAAACAUGCGUGAAAGCGAUGGAAGCUGCAAUGGUGGAAGUUGGGCGCUUGGAAGAUCCACUAGAAAGCGAUGUUCUAGAUUUUCCUGGAAUCUCCAAAGAUAUGGCAAUGAGAUGGAUUGAUAUAUACUACGGAGCCUAUCAGUUUGAGGGGUUUCGAGUUCCUUUGGAAAAGAGCUUUCUCAUGUCUAUGCCUGACCUGCUCGAAAUGCCACACGUCCACCUAGACAGCACGUUAAAAAUCAUUUACUACAACAUACUUCUUCAAGGCCUUCUGCAAGAUCCGGAAUCCCAUGACGGAAAGGGUAAGGUCGUACAAUAUCUUUAUCACAGGUCUAUGAUGCUGGUGGACGACUGGAUAGGACAGAUCGAAAAUACCCCCCAGGAUAUGUUUGCAGCUUUUGUUAUGAUAUCAUUAACACUUGAGGGGUGCAAUAGUGAACUGUCCUGGAAGAUACUCGGCUAUGCUUGUACAAUUGCUCGAGCCUUGGGAUAUUUCUCCGUUGACGAGCAUCCAGAAGAACAGAGUUCUUGGCUUGCGUCGCCUGGUAACUGUGAAAGCGAAGUUGACAAGAAUCGGAAACGAUUCGAAUUUUGGCACCUUCUACGAAUGGAUUGUCUGUUCCGUCUGUCCUUCGGCAAGCCGGCCCUCAUCCCCAGUGGGACUUGGACAGUAAACUUCCCUGAUCCCACCAUCACUGGUAUUGACGAUGCGUCUACUCGCUUUAUUCAGAUUCAUUUCCUGGCAUCCAUGCGUCUCACUCUAGUUCUGAUGAGAUACCUGGAUUUAGUGGACGGUGGAAUGGCUCAGGAUACGGAUAUGUAUGACAAGGCUCUUGAUGGCCUCAUCACAGAGGUGCAGUCUAUCAUGUCCGACUGGAGCGCAGAAGAACUUCUUAGCACCACAACUAAUCAUGUUGAUACAUGGUUUUGUGUGGACAUCCUAUUCACCAGCUAUAAGAUGCUCAUAGUAAUUUCUCAGUCCAAGAAAUGCAACCGCGACAGUCACUUCCUACCCCGACACACCGUGGAUAUUGCGAGGAAAUCUUUGAAAACAUUUCAGACUCUGAUGCAUAGGGAUUUGCACUCGUUCUGGGGCAUUAGUCUCGUAUUGCUGCACCAGUUUAUCCCAUUCUUCAUCCUUUGUGCGGACAUUAUUGGAUCCCACGGUUGUAGGGAAGUUCAGGAUGAUAUCGUCCUGGUGGCUUGGCUUAAAGACUUUGUCGAGAAGGCAACAGAGGAACGAGUACCGCUCAGGCCAAUUGCUGCUAUAGUAAAGGCAAUGGCCAUAGCUUGUCAACAGGUAGCAUUGCCUACUAGCUGAUUAUACGUCCGUGUAGGAGAUAGAUAGAACCAGUUACUAUCUCGAAGGUUGAGUCG